AUGAUAAAGGAAUCAACACAGUCGAAGCGUAAACCUUCUCAUCUUGGAAUUCAACAACCAGAUGAGAAAGAAGUCACAGGUACAAUUGUUAUGAUGGAUGACCCAGAUGAUGGUGACGAGGAUCUCAUGUCUAUGAAGAGAUCUGCAACCGGUAUUAUAUUGAACCCUCAACCUCAUGAAUCACCUAAUGAUCCUUUAAAUUGGCCAGUUUGGCAACGUGAUCUUUGUUUGGCUACUGUUGGGUUUAUUAGUUUUAUUGGAGGAGGUCAAACACCUUUAUUGGCAGCAGGUUUAAACACCUUGCUGCAGGAAUUUAACAAACCUUUAACUACCAUUGCUUAUUUAGUUGGUGGGUUUAUGUUAUCCAUGGGUGUUGGUUCUGUUUUCGCUAGUCCUACAGCCGUGUUGUAUGGGAAACGUAUAGUUUAUCUUGGUGGUACCUUUCUUUUCAUGGUGGGAGCAAUUUGGGGUGCUGUAGCUAAAGAUUUUGGUAAUCUUAUGGGGGCAAGAGUCAUUACUGGUUUAGGUUCAUCUCCUACUGAAUGUUUGCCAAGUUCUACAAUUGCCGAGAUCUAUUAUGCUCAUGAGCGUGCUUAUAGAGUGGGUUUAUAUACCAUGUUAAUGUUGGGAGGUAAGAGUAUUAUUCCCUUGAUUUCUGGAUUGAUUUUUCAAGGAUUGGACAGACACUGGUUAUACUGGAUUUUAACCAUAGCUUUGGGAUUAUGUUUGGUGUUAAUUUUCGUUUUUGUUCCAGAAACUUUCUGGGAUAGAACUCCUUUGCCAAACAAAAGAUCUCAAGAAGAAACUAAAGCAGCAAGGAGUGUCAAAACCUACCACCCACCAGAAUUAAGACCCAACGCAUUUGCUUUACACCGUCCAUCUCGUCAAGAUGUCUUGGAUAUUCACACUUUAUCCUCCACGGAGGAUCAAGUACAAGAAUAUGGUCCAGUAGGUGUCACUGAAACUCACGAACCUCAUCUUGAACAGCAACAACAAACUCAUGAAAAAGAUUCAUAUAUGAAACGAAUUGCCUUUUAUCUGGGCCGUAAAACUCAAGACAGUUGGUGGAUGGUGGCAUUACGUCCAUUCUUUUUGUAUUCUUACCCUGCUAUUCUUUAUGGUUCCUUCAUUUACUCCCUUGCUGUGGUUUGGUUGAUUGUCAUUUCAGAAACAAUUUCUGACAUCUUUAGGCAUCCACCAUACAAUUACUCACAAAUGACUGUUGGGUUGUUCUAUGUAUCUCCUUUUAUUGGCGGUAUCUUGGGUGCUCUUAGUUGUGGUUUAAUUUCCGAUAGAUUAUCAAGAUAUUUGGUUUCCAAAAACCAUGGUGUCUAUGAACCUGAAUUUCGUCUUUUCAUGGUUAUUCCUUCCACCUUUUUUAUUGCAUUCGGGUUAAUGGGAUAUGGGUGGUCAGCAUUUGCUGAAGAUUUAUGGAUUGGUCCAGUCCUUUUCUUUGGUAGUAUCAGUUUUGGUAGUUCAAUGGCAAGUACUGCAGCAAUUACAUUUGCUGUUGAUUCUUAUAAAGUUUUUGCUGCUGAAAACCUUGUUUCAUUCAACUUUCUUAAGAAUUUACUUGGGUUUUGUUUCUCGUUAUUCAACAAUAAGUUUGCAGAUAGCCAAGGUUAUCGUAAUUCAUUUGUUGUCUAUGGAUGUAUUCAAAUCUUUGUCAGUUUGUGGGGUAUCCCAUUAUAUAUUUAUGGUAAACGUUUGAGAAGAUGGACUGAUGAAAAAGAAAUCAUGAGAGCAUUGUAUCAUGUUGACAAUAUACCCCCUAGUGUUGGAACUAAGACACCAAGAAAGCUUAGUUCGGAAGACGAUAGUCUGUUAUGA